CAAAAGACUUGAUACAAACGUAUUUGUUAAAAGAUACUUUCUACAUAAGGGAAAUUUUUAGACAAAUCUGCGUUCUAGCCAACAACAGUAUCUACAUUUCCAUUGGCUUAGAUGUGCUGUGUGUCGGCACACACCUACUUUUCUGCCAAGGGUUCAAGGUCGUAUUCAUUUAGAUUACAAAAACGUCUAAAACUUUCUCUCCCAACUAUCAUUUGCAUCCGAGCUGUGAACAUCACCAGUUGCACACUUUUAGAAAUGAACAACAUUCUUAAAAAUCCGUUGGGAAGCAACAUGAAGGAUGCUCAAGUAGAGGAGAUUGAAGGCUUUGUUAGAGGAUUCAAGUUAUCCUCCUUGACUUACAAAAGAAUCAUGCAGCUUCUACAUGAAGAAAUGAACAGUGGGUUGUCAAAGAAAACCAAUCACAUGGCAGAUAUAAAGAUGUUCCCUACAUUUGUACGGUCAUUACCAGAUGGCACAGAAAAAGGAAAAUUUUUAGCCCUUGAUUUAGGUGGUACAAAUUUCCGUGUAUUGAUGGUAGAACUGAAUGGUAAAGAUGUAGACAUACAAAGUAAAACAUAUUUAAUACCUCAGAGAAUCAUGCUAGGAACUGGAACACAGUUAUUUGACCAUAUAGCAGACUGUAUCUGUAAAUUUGUCAAUACACAUGACAUUAAGGGAGAGAAGUUACCGUUAGGUUUUACAUUUUCAUUCCCAUGUAAACAAGAAGGACUAGCCAAAGCCAGGCUAUCAAAAUGGACAAAAGGAUUCAGGUGUGAGGGUGUAGUGGGAGAGGAUCUGUGUAUUUUGUUACAUGAAGCUUUAAAAAGAAAAGGGAAUAUUGAUGUGGAAGUGGUUGCUAUUAUAAAUGAUGCUGUGGGUACACUUAUGUCAACAGCUCACAGUGACAGAAAUUGUGAAAUAGGGUUAAUCUUAGGAACCGGUUGUAAUGCAUGUUACAUGGAAAAUUUAGAACAUGUUGGACUCUGGGGUGGUGAAAUCAGUAAUCCAAAACAGGUGAUAGUAAACACUGAAUGGGGAGCAUUUGGUGAUAACGGCUGCUUGGACUUUAUACGAACAGAAUAUGACAGAGAAUUGGAUACAUUUUCUAUAAACCCUGGAAAACAAAUAUUGGAAAAGAUGAUCUCUGGGAUGUACAUGGGUGAGGUUGUACGUCUGGUGUUAGAAAGGUUGACAAUGGAAGGCUUAUUAUUUAGUGGUGUGGAUCGAGAAUGUGAAUUGUUUGUGCGAGGACGAUUUUACACAAAAUAUGUGUCAGAAAUAGAGAGUGAUCAUGACGAAUUCUUCCGUAAUACAAAACAAGUAUUAGAUGAGUUAGGAUUAGAAGGAUACAGUUCAGAAGAUUGUAAAAUUGUUAAAUAUGUGUGUACCUUAAUCUCUGCACGAGCUGCCUUCCUGUCAGCAGCAGGUCUUGCAACUCUGAUCAACAAGAUCAACAAACCCACUAUGACAAUUGCCGUUGAUGGCUCGCUUUACAGAUUUCAUCCCCGAUUCCAUAAUCUCAUGUGUCUUAAAAUGAAAGAACUUGUAAAACCAGGAUUGAAGUUCCAGUUACAAUUAUCUCAUGAUGGUAGUGGAAAAGGUGCUGCACUGGUGGCAGCAGUGGCAACACGACUGCGAGACAGUAAAGAAAUUCCAGUGGAAUGCUGACUGAGUCUAUCACAAAUAGGAUUUUGACAAUGUGAUAUUACAAAGCAUUUCUGUUGAUUGUAUGGUGCAUAAGUUUGUUUUUGUUAGCCAGGUGUUAUGAAUGAAAAACAUUGGUCAUAUCAAUAUAAUUUUUAGAUUUUAAUCCCUAUAAUUUUGCUGGAAAAAACUGGAUAUAUUCAAGUUUCAGCAUUUUUUUUUUGUUCCCUGAACUAAAACAGAGAAUUAAAUUGUUGGAUUUGCUUCAAUAUUAGAUUUGGGGUUGAAAUUUAAAUGUUACUUUGGCAUGACCACAGUAGGGAGAGAGUAAUAGAGAGAGGGAGAGACUGAGAGUGAAAUUAAAAAAACAUCCAGUUUUGAUGAAAGAAAGAUUAUGUAUGCAUUUUAAGCUUGCAUUAUGCUAUUGUGUGAAUGUACUGUGUUCAAGAUACUCAAAUAUUGUUAAAUUGUUUUGUUAAAGCUAGAAUUUCUAGAAUGAGUUGUUGACUUUUUUUUCAGGUGUAUGAGAAUUGUUUGACAUUGUGUGAAGCCUUUUAAACCAAAGUUCUAUGAAAAUAACAGUAUUUUAUCUUAAACUCAGUUUAUUUUUCAGUGUUGUUUUUAGAAAUGUAGGUUUUUGGAAAACACAUAUUCUGCUUUUAGAGGAAUUAUUUUGGCUUUUUGUACUUUUGAUUUCUGAAAAUAAUCAAGUUUGAAAAUAUUUCAAGAAAAAGGUUUUUUAUUCACAGGAUUUAUAAAGAUAGUUUUCAAUUUACUUAAUUUGAGUAAUAGUUAUUUCCCUUUUUUAAAUUUUUUGAGGUCAAUUGUUCACAUAUUCCUUCAUAAACUAACCAAUUACAACUUGUUAUACAGAUUGUUAAACUUAAAAAAAUGUUGUUUUCUGAACAAUCUACAUUUGCCUAUAAUACAUUACUAUGAUCUAGUAAGAUUCUCUUAUCAGACCUGCUUGUACCUCAUAUUUUUAUCAACUUUCAUUUUAGUGGCCAAGGGAAAUAACUCCCAACUCCAACUAAAAUUAUAUCACAUUGAAAACUAUCUAUUUAGUCCUGUUUAGUUUAAAUGAUUAUAAAAAUCUGAAAUUUAGAUCCUUUAUGAAACAAAACAAGAUCUAAAGUAGAAUUAAUUUCUGUAUUAAUUUGAGUGAAACAUUUUGUAUUUUGACAAUGUUUUGUGUUCAUGAUAUUAAUAAGAGUUGAGCGAGCUGAUUUCCAUUUUGUUUGGAAAAAGAUCUUAACAAAAAGCUCAUAAUCAAAGUUUGAUAACUCAGUUCAAUUUCCAUCUAACAGGACAUAUUAAACACACUAGCUGUAUGUCCACAGAUAAAGUACAAGUCCUGACUAGGAAAUAUAGUUAUUGCUAAUAAAUGCAUUGGCAAUCUCCUUUUACUAGCUCUACUUUGCCCAUAAAAAAGAAGUAUUUCUUACUUGAAGAAAAUAUUACCUAGAAAUUAUCAAAUAUUCCUGGUAGGAUCCCCUUAAAUUUUUUUUUUGCAAAUUUGAGUAUUUGCCAUUGAAAAUACCAAACAUUAAGGAUAUUAUUGGUACUGGAACUAAUUUGUCCUUACCAUAUCAUCUGAAAAUAUUGCUGUCGUGUCCAUUCCAACAUUUAAUUUCAUGACAUUACAAGGACCAACCCCCCUCCCCCCAACAUAUUGAAAAUGCAACAGAUGAUUCAUCCUGUUACUUUUCUGUGGACUUCUGGUUUAUACGAGUCUUGAACGAUCACUUUCAUGAAAUAAUCAUGAAAAACACGCACAGUUUAAGUCACCUAUUUUUGUUACUGCAUUGGUUGUGAAAACCAUUACCAAGAUUUUGUAUAUAGUCCUAGCCUAUGCUUGUUUGAAGUUAACAAAUAUGUAUAUACUGUAAAUACGUUAAUCCUCCAACGCAACAAAUUAUACCUUUUAAGAAAAUUUGGCAUAUGUCCUGAAAAAAGUUUCAUUUAGGAGGACAUCUGUAAUUUUAAUAUUUUUUACUAUCACCAUAUUAAAAUAUUGUUGAACUUAUAUGAAAUAGUUGAUGCUUUGGAUAAGGAUGAAAUUUUUUACCUGAUAUUUAUGAAAAUGAGUUAUUUAUUUAUGUUUUAAUAAUUUUAUGCAAAAGGUCUGUUUAGUUUGCAACUUUAAGAUGAAGAACAGGAAUAUGAAGUAGAUUUUGAAUGAUAUACUAACGUACCUUCUGCAGUGCUAUGAGUAAAAGGCCUUGCAGUCAUACAAAUCUGGAGUACAUUUAUUGGACUCAGACUAAGAAUUCAACCAAUUAAAACUGGAUUUGGUGUUUGAACACAGAUUUUGUACUCUUGAGCACUGAGUAAAUUCUAUUACCGUAGGCCCAGGUUUAUUGAGUUUAUUCCAUACUUUCUUUCAUUGUCAUAACAUUUUUGUAUAUCAUUUGAAUUUACCACAAUGACAUAAUAAAAACAUAGUUACUUUCAUCAGUUUGAAAUCAAAAUCUUGACAGGAGUUUAAUUAUUGUAAUUCAAUAACAUUCAUUCAUCUUCAAAAUAACACAUACAACCUUCCCAUAUCUUAACUAACUGACAGUAUUUUGCAAGUCGCACCUGGGAAAAUUUAUCCAUUUACUUGAGAUUUUUUUAAUCUCUUGUAAUUAAUUAAUACAGAUAAAAGAAAAUGUAAAUAAUUAACUCCACUGAAUAUGUAAAAAAAAAGUUGUCAUUUGUUUUAAAAAUCAGAAACACAUUUCUCUUUGAAUAAAUUUUAUGAAUUAAGACGCAUAAAAUUAGUACACAUAAUGACCUGAUAUUAUUUUUUACUCAAUGCAAUCAUGAUCUGUGUUUUGACUCCCGAAGGUUCGUGUAUUUAAUAUCAACAAAUUUUCUUUUAUUUUGAGAAAAAUCCCAAUUAUUCUCUAUUCUUUAUUUUUUUACAUAUUUUUCUGUCUUAUUUAUUUUUAUGGCCUUGUAUUUUUUGCCCAUUAUUUUCUGUUCUGUAUACCCCAUUCAGACCGUUAUGCAGGCAGUAGGGAGGAUAGUAGUUUCAGUGAUAAUAAAACUUAUCUGCUGUGUAGAAGGUGACAAUACAUUUACAAUUGAAAUUAAUAAGUAGAAUUUGUUGAGUUUGAUGGAUUAAUGAAGUGAAAUAUGCAAAUUGUAUACAGCAAAUAUAACUUAUUAUAACCAUUGUAUAUAAACCAAUAUAAGUUGUUACAUGAAUGAAAUUAAGAAAA